GGCGUGUACUGCAUCGACAUCAACUUUAUCGAGGACUCCCCGAAGUAUCUUGCCGGCGCGCUGGCCGCGUUGACCGCCAUGAUCAACCUGGAGCUGCCUCACAUCAAUGUUCUGACCAAGUGCGACCUGUUACAGGAGGGCGCCGACGUGGACAGGUUCCUCGAGGGCGAUACAGAGGCGAUCAUCGCCGACCUGCGGGAUUCCAUGCAGCCGAGGUAUCGCAAGCUGAAUCAGGCCAUGGGAGACCUGCUGGACGAGUACUCCUUGGUGAGCUUUGUGACGCUCAACAGGGAGGAUGAGGAUUCUAUCGAGCUGUGCCUCGCCCACGUCAACAACUGCAUACAGUAUGGUGAGGACCUGGAGCCCACGGGCCGAGAUAUGAUGACGGACGGGGACGACGAGGGCUGAGCUGCCGCGGCCCGGUCCAUUCCCGGCAGGCGGAGGGGGCGGGGGGUUCGGGGGCGUCCAGGAGCGCGCCUCCUCUGUCCUCUCCUCCCUUCGGCGUUGUGCGCUAGGAGAACCCAG